AUGGAGGACGAUGUCCUGUUGAAAAGUGUACCUAUGAUUCGGAGUGUUGGGAGCCGUGCAAGAAGAACGAGGACCAAGAAAACCGAAGGUCCGAGAACAGUCUGCCUGCGAGAAGCCGCCAUCAGCGCCGGACCGAAGAUGGACACAACGCCCUUCAGACCCGGCUUGGCGCCCAUGCCGAAGCCGCCACCCCCUCUCAGGAUGGGCCCACCUCCCUUGCAGCCCCUGUUCAAUCACCCGACAGAUUCCUCCAGCGAUGCCCUUCCAAACUCAGUGCUCUGUGACCUCGAACCAACUGGGGCGAGGCACCCAGGACUGGCAGAUGCCCGCUGGCCGUUAACGUCAUUCUUCGGAAGCAGUCCAUUUUUCCCGUCAAAAGCGCCUCUUCUAGCGGCACCACCUGGCCCCUCUUUACCGGCCACAACGCCCUUAUUGCCUCACGUCUUGACGCCCAUUGUACCUCCAUUUAUUCAAGCCCACACGACGCCUUUAGUAUUAGAUCUUCAGCAAUCGGCCUUCAGCACCGUUAGACCAAAUCUUCAACUGUGCACAAAUACAUGUAGACUUAGAGAAGAAAUGGGUGUACAGAUCUUAGGGUGGGCAGUCAAAUUCACAAAGUCGUCCCCACUUCUAAGCCCAAUGCCCAUCAACGACCUGCUGCUUUUGUUGACAAGAGCAUGGCCUCAGUUACUCUUACUCCACGCAGCCUAUUGGCAUCAAGAUGUCCUCCUCCUUUUUCAACAGGAUCCUCUGAAGCUAGAUCUCAAUAUAAUGAAAACACACGUCCUAGAGAGUGAUGAAAGCAGGCAGGUGGCCUCUGCAUUGAGAAUGUGCAGACAGUAUUCAUUAGAUUCGACAGAACUUCUGCUUUUGUCUGCUGUUAUUUUGCUAAGAUUACAACCUGGGCUUUCCACUGAAGGAACGUUACUCAUCUCUGCCCUGCACGAAAGAGCGCAAGCCAUACUUCAGAGACACGCCGAGACUACCUUUCCCUGUGAUCCACUCAGACCCUCCAACCUGCUUUUACUGGUUGCCUCCUUGCAUCGCAUUCCACAGCAUGUAGUUACAAGAGCACUCAUACCACCCUUGUGCUCUCCAAACACUGCUCCUCUCCUAAUAGCAACAUUACUCAGUUCAUCGUGAAAUAAGAUGAAAAUAUUCCUAAGUUGAAAAGCCAGUACGUAAUUGCUGAAUGGUGUUUGGAAAAUUUACUGUCCUACACAGCCUUUAGCACCAAACAGUAUGGAAAUGUCUUGUUUUUUGUAAUUUUUUUUAUGAAAUUGAAGUAUAUUGUUGAUUUAUAUGUUAACUGCACUACUGUUGAUUGAUUUAAAAUUCGAUAUAUGUUUAUAAAUAACUUAUGUAUUGAAUGGCUCGAUGUUGAAUUGAAUCA